AUGAAUACCGUUAACGUUGGUUCUGCUGAUAACCAAAAGACCAAGAACAAGGUAAUUUUCGUGAUGGGUGCGACAGCCACUGGAAAGUCAAAGCUUUCCAUUGACCUUGCCACUCAUUUCCAUGGCGAAGUCAUCAAUUCAGAUAAGAUCCAAGUUUAUAAAGGGCUUGACAUCAUUACCAACAAAGUGACUGUGGAAGAGGCUAGGGGUGUGCCACACCACUUGCUUGGGAUCGUGAAUGAUUCCGAAGAAGAUUUCACUGUUGAUGAUUUCUGUCACAAUGCGUUGGAGGCCAUUUAUGCUAUUUUGAAGAAAGGGAAAGUCCCAAUCAUUGGUGGUGGAUCCAAUUCCUACUUGGAGAAGCUUGUGGAGGAUCCAACUAUUAACUUCCGGCAACGCUUUGAUUGUUGCUUUAUUUGGGUGGAUGCCUCUUUACCCGUUUUGCACGAACGGGUAGGGAAACGAAUUGACCAGAUGGUGAUAGCCGGUCUUCUUGAUGAGGUUCGUGAAAUGUUUGUCAUGGGGGCUGAUUACAAUCGAGGAAUCCGACGGGCUAUUGGGGCUCCAGAAUUGGAGUCCUACUUCAUGGUUGAAAAAGAUACGAGUGGUGAUGAGGCCACCAAGAGCAACAUCCUCGCUAAUGCUAUCGAGGAGAUCAAAGCCAACACCCGAAAGUUGGUUGACUCACAGCUUGGAAAGAUCCAUCGGCUGAAGAAUGAGCUCGGCUGGGACCUGCACAGAGUUGAUGUAACGUCUGUGUACGAAAAAUGUGGGAAAGAUGCUGAAGUUGCAUGGGAGCAGCAGGUGUUAAAGGAAAGUUUAGAAAUAGUGGGUUCGUUUCUAAACUAAUGUACUUGUUUGAACAAGGAAAGGUUUUUCUUUUUUUUCCUAUUUUAUGUUUUAAAUUUAAAGAACAAUGGCCUUCUGUGACUUUGAGAAUAAAACCUUUCAUCCAAUGAUAUU